AUGAGUGACAUUCAUGAAUAUCAAUUCAACGUCAAAAUGACUUGCUCGGGUUGUUCCGGUGCAGUGACAAGAGUGUUGAGUAAGCUUGAAGGCGUGGAAACAUUUGACGUAUCCCUCGAGAAUCAAUUGGUCACUGUCAAAGGAACAGCGCCUUACGAUACAGUUUUGGAAAAGAUUAAAAAGACCGGCAAAGAAGUGAAAGAUGGCAAGGUGAUUGCGUAG